AUGCGGUUCGCCCGCAUUCCACCGAUUUUCGCCAAUGUCGUUCGGCAGACACAACACCGGAAUUAUGCGAAUGGAGUUAUCAAGCCACGAGAGUUUAACAAGGUCAUGGUUGCCAAUCGUGGAGAAAUCGCGAUUCGUGUGUUCCGUGCGCUCACCGAGUUGAACAAAACAUCUGUGGCUAUCUAUGCGGAACAGGAUAAAAAUUCGAUUCACCGUCUCAAAGCUGAUGAAUCGUACCUCGUUGGAAAGGGACUCCCACCGGUUGCUGCCUAUCUGACGAUUGAUCAGAUCAUAGAGACAGCUCUCAAGCACGACAUCGAUGCCAUUCACCCCGGAUAUGGAUUCCUGUCAGAGCGCUCUGAUUUUGCUGCUGCGUGCCAAAAUGCGGGUAUCGUUUUCAUUGGACCUAGUCCCGACGUGAUGGCUAGAAUGGGAGAUAAAGUCGCUGCUCGUCAAGCUGCUAUCGAGGCCGGCGUACAAGUAGUUCCAGGAACUCCAGGACCAAUCACAACAGCAGAUGAAGCUGUUGAGUUUGCCAAGCAAUACGGUACACCAAUCAUUCUGAAAGCCGCAUACGGAGGAGGAGGACGUGGAAUUCGUCGUGUCGAUAAAUUGGAAGAAGUCGAAGAAGCGUUCCGUAGAUCCUUCUCGGAAGCUCAAGCUGCUUUCGGUGACGGAAGUUUGUUCGUGGAGAAGUUCGUUGAGAGACCAAGACACAUUGAAGUCCAAUUGCUUGGAGAUCACCACGGUAACAUUGUCCAUCUCUAUGAGCGUGACUGCUCCGUUCAACGUCGUCAUCAGAAAGUCGUCGAAAUUGCUCCAGCUCCAGCCCUUCCAGAAGGUGUUCGUGAGAAGAUUCUUGCUGAUGCUCUCCGUCUUGCCAAACAUGUUGGAUAUCAAAAUGCUGGAACUGUUGAGUUCCUUGUCGAUCAAAAAGGCAACUACUAUUUCAUCGAAGUCAACGCUCGUCUUCAAGUCGAGCAUACUGUCACUGAGGAGAUCACUGGUGUUGACCUGGUUCAAGCUCAAAUUCGUAUUGCUGAGGAAAAUCAUACGAUUCACACAACUGGCUCUGCUAUUCAGUGCAGAGUAACUACUGAGGACCCAGCUAAAGGAUUCCAACCAGAUUCUGGAAGAAUCGAAGUGUUCAGAUCUGGAGAAGGAAUGGGAAUCCGUCUUGAUUCUGCAUCAGCCUUCGCUGGAUCCGUCAUCUCACCACACUACGAUUCGUUGAUGGUGAAAGUGAUCGCAUCAGCCAGAAAUCAUCCGAACGCCGCUGCUAAAAUGAUUCGUGCUUUGAAAGAGUUCCGUAUCAGAGGAGUCAAGACCAAUAUUCCGUUCCUGCUCAACGUUCUCCGUCAACCAAGUUUCCUUGAUGCAUCUGUAGACACCUAUUUCAUUGACGAGCACCCAGAGUUGUUCCAAUUCAAACCAAGUCAAAAUCGUGCCCAAAAACUUUUGAGUUAUUUGGGAGAGGUCAAAGUCAACGGACCAACAACACCACUUGCCACAGAUCUGAAGCCAGCUGCUGUCUCUCCUCCAAUCCCAUACAUUCCAGCAGGUGCCAAACCACCAGCUGGUCUUCGUGAUGUUCUUGUUCAGAAGGGACCUGCUGAAUUUGCCAAGGAAGUUCGCAAAACUCCAGGAUGCAUGAUUACUGAUACAACCUUCAGAGAUGCACACCAAUCCCUUUUGGCCACCCGCGUUCGUACCUACGAUAUGGCAGCCAUCUCGCCAUUCGUUGCUCAAUCCUUCAACGGUCUUUUCUCUCUUGAAAACUGGGGUGGAGCCACUUUUGACGUCUCAAUGAGAUUCCUUCACGAAUGCCCAUGGGAACGCCUUCAAACUCUUCGCAGAUUGAUUCCAAACAUUCCAUUCCAAUGCUUAUUGCGUGGAGCCAAUGCUAUGGGUUAUUCUAACUAUCCAGACAAUGUUAUCUACAAAUUCUGUGACCUGGCUGUGAAGAAUGGUAUGGAUGUGUUCCGUGUGUUCGAUUCGCUCAAUUAUUUGCCAAAUCUUCUUGUCGGAAUGGAAGCUGUUGGAAAAGCUGGAGGAGUCGUUGAAGCAGCCAUUGCUUACACUGGCGAUGUCACUGAUAAAUCUCGGGAUAAGUACGACCUCAAAUACUACCUCAACCUGGCUGACCAACUGGUCAAGGCGCAAGCUCAUAUUCUGUCGAUCAAGGACAUGGCCGGAGUUUUGAAACCAGAAGCUGCCAAACUUUUGAUCGGAGCUCUCCGUGACAAGUUCCCAGAUGUUCCAAUCCAUGUUCACACUCACGACACCUCUGGAGCUGGAGUAGCCGCCAUGCUCGAAUGUGCGAAGGCUGGAGCCGACGUUGUGGACGCUGCUGUCGACAGCAUGAGUGGAAUGACAUCGCAACCAUCUAUGGGAGCUAUUGUCGCCAGUCUUCAAGGAACCAAACAUGAUACAGGUCUAUCUCUUGAUGACAUUUCCAAAUAUUCUGCCUACUGGGAGUCGACUCGUCAAUUGUACGCUCCAUUCGAAUGUGCCACAACAAUGAAGAGUGGAAACGCGGACGUCUACAAGCACGAGAUUCCAGGAGGUCAAUACACGAAUCUCCAAUUCCAAGCCUUCUCCCUUGGAUUGGGACCAAAGUUCGAUGAGGUCAAGCGUAUGUAUCGCGAAGCAAACCUAGCUCUUGGUGAUAUUAUCAAGGUGACACCAUCCUCGAAAAUUGUUGGAGAUUUGGCUCAAUUCAUGGUUCAAAACAAUUUGACUCGGGAAACACUUGUGGAUCGUGCAGAUGAUCUCUCAUUCCCAAAAAGUGUUGUUGAUUUCAUGCAAGGAAACGUUGGGCAACCACCAUACGGAUUCCCCGAACCUCUCAGAACCAAAGUUCUUCGUGGAAAGCCAAAGGUUGAUGGAAGACCAGGGGAGAAUGCCAAGCCAGUCGACUUGGAUGCACUAAAAACUGAGCUCGAGGAGAAACAUGGCCGUAAAUUGACCGAGGAAGAUGUGAUGUCGUAUUCGAUGUUCCCAUCAGUGUUCGAUGAAUUCGAGACUUUCCGACAACAAUACGGACCAGUUGACAAGUUACCAACACGAUUAUUCCUGACUGGGCUUGAGAUUGCCGAGGAAGUUGACGUUGAAAUCGAAAGCGGAAAGACCCUGGCUAUCCAACUUCUCGCAGAAGGAAAGCUCAAUAAGAGAGGAGAACGCGAAGUGUUCUUUGAUUUGAACGGACAAAUGAGAAGCAUCUUUGUCGUUGACAAAGAAGCUUCCAAAGAGAUUGUGACACGUCCAAGAGCUCUUCCAGGAGUUCGUGGCCACAUUGGAGCCCCAAUGCCCGGAGACGUUCUUGAGCUGAAAAUCAAGGAGGGUGACAAGGUUACCAAGAAGCAACCGCUAUUUGUGCUCUCCGCCAUGAAAAUGGAGAUGGUAAUCGACUCGCCAAUUGCUGGAACAGUCAAGGCUAUCCAUGCUGCGCAGGGAACGAAGUGCACUGCUGGAGACUUGGUCAUCGAAAUUGAACCAUGA